AUGCGGACUUCAUCGCGAGACUACCUCAUGCUGGCCAUGCUGGCCAUGCCCCAGGCUCACUUAGCAUCUGCGGAGAGAGUUCUGGGUGCAUACAUAUUUGCCCGUCACGGCGAUCGUACCCCUAAGAUACUGGGCAACACCCAGCUUACGGACUUGGGAUAUAGUGAGGUUUUCAUGACCGGUAGCUACUACCACAACCGUUACAUUGAUUCAAACUCUUCCCUUCAAAUUGAAGGCAUCAGCACGGAUGUUGUCAACCUAAAACAACUCAGUGCAGCUGCACCAUCUGAUGCCGUGCUGCAGAACUCAGCAACCGGCUUUCUGCAGGGUGUUUAUCCCCCUGUCGGAGCAACUGCAAGCCAGAAAUUGGCGAACGGGACAACAGUCGAUGCACCAUUGAAUGGAUACCAGCUGGUCCCACUGUCGCUCACCACCACCGGAACAAACAGUGAGGACAACACAUGGCUUCAGGACACCACCAAAUGCCAGAAGGCCAAGGUCAGCAGCAACAGCUAUUACAGCUCAUCACUGUACAAGGACCUUCUCGCAUCUACUCAAGACUUCUACACAUCACUCACGCCCGUUCUAAAGGGUGAAUUCUCCGACUCCGACAUAAGCUUCAAGAACGCCUAUGCCAUCUUCGACUACCUCAAUGUCGCGAGAAUCCACAACUCCAGCACCGAGAACAUGCAGACAGACGCACAGUUCGAACAGCUGUUAGCCCUAGCCAACAUCGAGCAGUACAACCUAGCCUACAACUCGACAGAGACAGUCCGCGCCAUUGCUGGUGCCCAGCUGGCCGGCGAGAUGCUCGAUGCACUAAGCGAGACAAUCAGCACCCAGGGAAAGACCAAGCUGAACAUCCAAUUUGGUUCCUACGGAACCUUCCUCUCCUACUUCGGCCUUGCGCAGCUUCCCAAGGCCAACUCUGACUUCACCGGUAUCCCUGACUACGCCUCUUCAAUGGCGUGGGAGUUGAUCACCGACUCCCCAAGCGGAUUCCCCGACCCAGCUGAUAUCUCCGUCCGAUUUGUCUUCCACAACGGUACCAUCACUGGCGCUGAUGAACCAACUGAGUUUCCUCUCUACGGGCAAUCGAGCACUACUAUCUCCUGGACUGAAUUCGAAAAGCAGACUAAGAACAUUGCCGUCAUGUCUACGGCGGAAUGGUGCAGCGCAUGCGGUAACACGGAUGGGAAGUGUGCUAAUCCCUCCUCGGACUCUGCUGGUGCUGAAUCGACAGAAAAGAAGAGCAAUGAGGUCUCUAGACCCGUUGCUGGUGUUAUUGGUGCCAUGGUUACCCUUGCGGUUAUUCUGGGCUUGGAGGCGGCGUUCUUCUUGUUCGGUGGCUUUACCAUUGCCAAGAGGAGAAAGGCUGCUGCGGGGAGUAUCGCUUCUGAUGCUACUGAGACUAAGUUUGUUGAGCAUAGUUAA